AUGAAGGGGUUCAUGGUUCUUAUCGAGAAGGAGUGGCUCAGUUUUGGUUUCAAAUUUGCGACCAGAGCCGAUCAUGGUGCUUGCGUUGGAGCACUUCUUCCUGCAAAAGAAGACGCCAAAGGGGAUGCUUCGAAUGAUUCUGAUAGUGUCACCUUCCCUGCAUCAUCGAACUUCACCUCCAGCGUGAACAAAGCCAGUGUUGCCACAUUCCUUCUGAAGGCAGCGCUUCGUAUUAAAAACACAGCUUCAGCGGCAAAACUGUCGGUAUCAGACCGUAGCACAGAUGAUUUACGCGACGAUACCAGUGCCACAUACACCGGGAGCAGUGAGAAAUCACCAAUUUUUCAUCAAUUUCUUGAUUGUGUGUAUCAGAUUCUUCGCCAGCAUCCAGACAAAUUUGAGUUUAACAGCAGGUUUUUGAAACGACUCUUUUAUCACCACUACUCCUGUCAGUACGGCACUUUCUUGUGUGAUUCUGACUUUGAGGCCUCGACGUUGCUCAAGACGAAGACUUGGAGUACUUCAGUCUGGGAUUAUUUCUUGUCGAGACCCAACGAAUUUAAAAACCCGAAGUUUGAUCCAUCUCAAGAUUCCGAGGUACUCUUUUCGAACUUUUCUGACGUGAAGUGGUGGUUCGAGCUUUACGGAAGGUCUGAUGAAGAGAUGAAUGGUUUGUCAAACUCGUUGGACCGUAAAUUCGCACAGCUUAGACUCGGAGAAAGUCUCCCGCAAAGUGAUUCCGAAUCUUCCACAGGUACCUAG